GGUUUAACUAUAAUAAACUGGGAAAGUAGUUCAUGUGCCUUAAUGUCAACGUUUUGAAGCAUUAUCGGGUGUAUAAAAUGCAAAUUGUACUCGUUUUAGAUAACAGUUCAUAUAUUUCUGCUCCGUUUUUCGAGUUUAGUUUUAUGGUGUUUUAGUUGUGUUACAAUGAUGAUGUUACUACUAUUGGGUGUGCUGUCUGCAACUGCAUUAAUGUCAAACAUGGAUCUAUCGUCGCGCUUGGCUGGUGGAAGCCCAGCUGAUUAUACACCUUGGAUAGCGAUGUUAUCAUACGGAGAUGUGAAUUCAAAGUUCCAAUGCGGUGCCUCCAUUUUGACGAAAAGGCAUCUGUUAACGGCAGCUCAUUGUGUCAAUGCUGCAUAUGUCAAUGGAAGUUUAACGAGAUCGUACAUGGCAACAGUUGGUACAAAUAUUCGAGACGGUAGUGGACAGAACUAUAGCAUUAUUGGGAACUAUACGCACCCGAAUUAUACUAUGUACCAAGUAAAGAACGAUUUGGGGAUCCUUCUCACAAAUACCAGCAUUACAUUUUCUCUUUUGGUGAAUCAAGUGACUUUAAACUUUAAUACGGUUGGCGAUGGGGUGUAUGUUAUAAUAUAUGGGUAUGGCAGUAGUGGGGUAAAGAAUCCUCUAAGCACAGAAUUGGAAGAACUUGAGAUGUUAACAGUGAAUUCUUCAUACUGCUUAGAAGAAACCCAACGAGUGGCUAAAGAGAAGUUAGGCUUUAGUCCUCCGUUCGUGUAUCCAGAAGCUGAGAUAUGCGCCUUCAAAGGGUUUGGGAAAGGAACUUGUAAGGGAGAUUCCGGUAGUCCUCUGGUAUGUGCAGAUAAUUAUCAACAGGUCGGCGUCACAUCUUGGGGUAUACCCUGUGCAUUAGGUGCCCCAGACAUCUUCAGCCGACUGAGUUCGUAUAAAGAAUGGAUUCUUAGCGUCCUAGAUGAAAUGGGGUACAAAGAUGAGUUAAAGUACACAAUGGAUAACUGUUCUACGAUUUACGACUAUUUGAAUUAGUUAU